AGAUCUUACCUUCGUAUCUGUCACUCCAUUCCUGGAGAACCUGAAAAAUGGAGAACCUGAAUUUCCUUUCUGUCAUUCUCCUGUCACUUAUCGCGAUAUCUCACGCGAGAAUACCAGACGAUCCUCAUCUCAAUCUCGAGAGGUCGAAUUUCCCGUCUGUACAAGCAGGGAAGAUGAUAAGAGAGCUGAAUUUGUUUCCAAAAUCAGAAGUCAACGUGAUCGGCGGUGGUGAUGAUGGUGCUGGUGCUAUUAGCGAGUCAGGGCACAAUAAGAGGAUUUUAGAGAGGAAAUUUAGGUUUCCUAAUGUAGUUGGUGACGAGGAAGAAAGCUUUACCGUUGAUGAUUUGGGGCAUCAUGCUGGCUAUUACAAGAUUGAGCAUUCUCAUGAUGCUAGGAUGUUCUACUUUUUCUUUGAAUCAAGGACCAGCAAGAAGGAUCCUGUGGUCAUUUGGUUGACAGGAGGACCAGGGUGUAGCAGUGAAUUGGCUAUGUUUUAUGAAAAUGGUCCUUACACUAUUGCAAAUAACCUGUCACUUGUGCGAAAUGAGUAUGGUUGGGACAAGGUAUCAAAUCUUCUAUAUGUUGACCAACCCACUGGUACUGGAUACAGUUAUAGUAGUGAUAGGCGUGACAUUCGUCACAAUGAAGGCGGAGUUAGUAAUGAUCUAUAUGACUUCUUACAGGCCUUCUUCGAGGAGCAUCCUGAAUUGGCAGAGAAUGACUUCUACAUAACUGGAGAAUCAUACGCUGGACACUAUAUUCCUGCUUUUGCAGCUCGGGUCCACAAAGGAAACAAAGCUAAAGAAGGAAUUCAUGUAAACCUCAAGGGAUUUGCCAUUGGUAAUGGGCUUACUGAUCCUGCAAUCCAAUAUAAAGCAUACACAGAUUAUGCACUGGAUAUGGGAAUAAUUAAACAAGCUGAGCAUGAUCGCAUCAACAAGAUAGUUCCAGCCUGUGAAGUGGCAAUAAAGCUUUGUGGCACUGAUGGUACAGUCUCUUGCUUGGCCUCCUAUUUAGUUUGCAAUACCAUAUUCAGCAGCAUCUUAUCAGUUGCUGGUAAUAUAAAUUAUUAUGAUGUUAGAAAGAAAUGCGAGGGGAGCCUCUGCUAUGACUUCUCAAAUAUGGAGAAAUUUCUGGGCCAGAAAUCUGUUAAGGAGGCACUUGGUGUUGGGGAUAUAGACUUUGUCUCCUGUAGCACUACAGUCUAUAUGGCGAUGCUUACAGACUGGAUGAGGAAUCUCGAAGUGGGCAUUCCUGCUCUCCUUGAGGAUGGAGUCAAGUUGCUUGUGUAUGCUGGAGAAUAUGAUCUCAUCUGCAACUGGCUCGGUAAUUCAAGAUGGGUUCAUGCCAUGGAGUGGUAUGGUCAGAAAGAGUUUGUGGCAUCUCCUGAAGUUCCCUUUGAAGUUAGUGGUUCAGAAGCUGGAGUGCUGAAAAGUUAUGGGCCUCUCGCAUUCCUUAAGGUCCACGAUGCAGGGCACAUGGUUCCCAUGGACCAGCCCGAGGCUUCAUUAGAGAUGCUGAAGAGGUGGACUCAAGGCAAAUUGUCGGAAGUCACACAGGAGCCCCAACAAUUGGUUGCUGAGAUGUGAUUGCCUUUUAUCUAGCUUUAGUAAGAGUGACCGUAAUAUAUGGUUUCCCUUGACGCUUGUAAAUAUUAUUUUUCUCACGGGUCAAACAGAAUCCUAGACAAUGUGGUAUCUUGCCUUUUGAUUCUCUGAAGGUUAUAGACUUCUAGAAUCAGAGAGUUUUAUGGAUGCAUGUCUUCUUA